AUGGGGUUUACCACUGCAACUGAGAUGCACGCCCGCCGAAGUGAACUCAUUUCAAUAACCACUGGGUCGAAACGGCUGGACACUCUGCUCGGCGGCGGUAUCGAAACGGGCUCUAUUACGGAGAUCUUUGGCGAAUUCAGAACCGGAAAGAGUCAGAUCUGUCACACUCUAGCCGUCACCUGCCAGCUGCCUUUUGAUAUGGGCGGAGGCGAAGGGAAGUGUCUUUACAUCGACACCGAGGGCACAUUCCGGCCGGUACGACUUCUCGCGGUCGCUCAGCGAUAUGGCCUCGUGGGAGAAGAAGUUCUGGAUAAUGUGGCAUAUGCACGUGCAUACAACUCCGAUCACCAGCUGUCACUUCUCACUCAAGCAUCGCAAAUGAUGUGUGAGACUCGGUUUUCGUUGCUGGUGGUCGACUCGGCCACCUCUUUGUACCGAACUGAUUUUAACGGGCGAGGGGAGUUGUCAUCGCGACAGACUCAUUUGGCUAAGUUCCUGCGCACCCUGCAGCGGCUGGCAGAUGAGUUCGGUAUUGCCGUUGUCAUCACCAACCAGGUUGUGGCUCAAGUAGAUGGAGGGCCCAGCGCUAUGUUCAACCCCGACCCCAAGAAGCCAAUUGGUGGUAAUAUCAUCGCCCAUGCUAGUACCACUCGUCUCAGCUUGAAGAAAGGCCGUGGUGAGACUCGUGUUUGCAAGAUCUAUGACAGUCCCUGUCUUCCCAGAGAGCGAUUGCCUGUUUGCUAUCAACGAAGAUGGCAUUGGUGA